CCAUGAGGUCACAAUGUGGCUUCCCGGGGAGGGCAAAGGCAGAAGGACUCCCUGGAGGCAGAGGGCAGGGCAGAGAGACAUCAUGGACUGUGGCCCCCAGUGGUGACCAUCCCUGCCAUGGGAAACAACAGUUCCCACAAGAGGACCAAACUGCCCAAGGAGCCCCACAAAGAAAGGCUGCCUGAAAUGAACAAGGCCCUACAGAAAAUGCAGUUCUUCAGCCACCUCAAACGGAAGAAGCCCAGAUCAGAAACCCUGCCCGAAACUGGGGAGACGGCACACCCUGGCCUUCAUAGGAGAGUGACCAUAUUGCCACUAGUGGUCUCCAGUACAAAGCUCACAUCCUUAACUCAUCAUGAGAGGCCCCACACACUUUCUGUGGACAGAACCCUGCUGCUGCUUUUCACUCUCCCAGGGCCCAAGCCCUGGCACCACCCCAGCUCUCCAAACCUGCAGCCUGCCUUCCACUGGUGACCACCUCAAAAUGUCCCCGGAAGGGGCAGAUUCAGCAAAGGUGACAGUCCAACUAAGGCUGAAGAUGCACUUUCUCAGUGUCAACACAAUCAGCAUUCUCUCUACAUGGUAAUAAAAU